AUGGCAGGCAGCGAUGGGACCUACAAACUGUACCAAUAUGACCCGUCAAUGGCGGCGGCCGUCAUCUUCAUUCUCCUCUUCGUCGUCUCCUCACUCCUGCAUACCUACCAGCUGAUACGGACGCGGACGUUGUACUUCAUUCCGUUUGUCAUUGGGAUAUAUUUGGAAUGGAUAGGAUACAUUGGCAGAGCGAUCGGACACACAGAGACCCCGAAUUGGACCGUGGGCCCUUUCAUCAUGCAGUCAGUGCCAAUUCUGGUCGCACCCGCCUUAUUCGCCGCCUCGAUAUACAUGGAGUUGGGACGGAUCAUCCGCAUCACCGACGGCGCCAGACACUCGAUUGUGCCUUUGCGCUGGCUCACCAAGAUCUUCGUGGCUGGAGAUGUUCUCUCCUUCCUAAUGCAGUCGUCCGGCGGCGGCAUCAUGGCCGGCAACGGCCCUAAUUCAAUGACGACGGGCGAACACAUCAUCAUCGGCGGUCUGCUCGUGCAGAUUGUUUUUUUCUCAUUCUUCAUCGUCGUGGCCAUUGCCUUCAACGUGCGCAUGAACAGAAUCCCGACGUCCAAAGUUCUCAAUAGCGAUGUUACGGCCCAUGUGUGGCAGAAACAUCUCUUGGCCCUUUUCGCCGGCAGUAUACUAAUCCUUGUCCGAUCGGUGUUCCGGCUGGUCGAGUACGCGCAGGGCAACGACGGAUAUCUGAUCUCGCACGAAGUGUUUCUGUACGUCUUCGACGGAGUCCUCAUGUUCGCUACUACGGUCCUUUUCGCCGUCAUUCAUCCGAGCGAGGUCAAUGCGAUGUUGAGCGAUAGAGGUGGCAAGGUUGUGAAGCAGAUAGUCUACGUCUAUCACAAGAGGUGA